AUGGUGGCGGUGGAGUGCGGAAUCUGCCACAAAGUCUUUACCAGGACCGAACACCUGAUGAGACACGAGCGAAGCCAUACCGGAGCCCGACCAUACCAAUGCGCGCUGUGCAGUCGAUCGUUCCCGCGGCAGGACUCACUGGUGCGGCAUGAGAAGCUACAUUCUCGUCGCAGAGACUCCAACGCGGCCUCUUCGUGGCGGGUCUCGAAUGACUGGACGAUUAGGAGCGACUUUGCUCACACGUCCGGUCCGGUGGUGCCCCAGACACCAGAUCUGGCCCCUGGCACCUCCGAAGCACCGAGCUUCUCUCCUGUGGUGCCCGAGGGACCGAUCCUCCCGUCUCCUGUGGUGCGUGAGGGACCACAGCUUCAGCCUGCUCCUGUUGCCCCCGAGGGAUCGCAUCACACUCCGCCCAUGGUGCCGGAAGGACCGUACCGCACUCCCGGAGCGCCCGAGAGAACGAGCCUCCCGUCUGUGGUGACCGAGGGACCACGCCUCCCUUCGGUCUCCCGGUCGAUGGGCCAGACGGGCAGCAUGGACCUCGACUUCGAACUGAUCUGGCCCGACUCGGAAGAUCUCUGGCAGACUCUCAUGUCCACCGAUGCCAACAAUCCGUGGCAGAAGUCUUUGGACACUCCCUGUUCAAGCUACAUGACGCUCGACACUCCCCGUUCUUUCGAGGAACGAUCACUUCCCAGAGGGGCACCGCCAUCGGGAGUGAAUCAUCAAGCGGUCCAAGAUGUCAGUAAAAUGGUCUCGAGCGUGGCCGUCGCGGCGGCGGCAACGCUGAACGCCAUCACCUCCGUCUUCCUCGACGAGUGUUUGCACAUGUUUUUCGUCAAAUUCAUCCCGACCUUCCCCGUGCUCCAUCGGGCAACAUUUGUGUUUCGAGACUGCACACAGCCUCUUCUGCUGAACGCCAUCGCCAUCGGCUCUCUCUACCUCGGACCCAAGGACGCGCUCGAAAAGGGCGAGGCACUGUGGCAUCUCGCUCAGACCGCCGUCGCAACGUCGUGGCAGACGCUGAUCACUCACCGGGGACCCUACGACGCCUGCGACGGCGUGCAACUUGUGCUCACGGGCGUGUUGAGUCAGCUCUACGGCGUGCUCUCGCGGAACCGGGAUAUUCGCUCGACGAGCCAGGCCUUCCACUCGCUCGCCUUUUACUGGGCCCGGCGCUGCGGCAUGCUCGACAACGACCCCUACCCUGCGCGAUCAGUCCCGCCAGCAGACGCGCCCGACUCGGCGAAGGACUACCAGUGGCGGCUCUGGGCGGCGCGUGAAAUCCAGCAGCGGUCGCUUCUCGCGCUGUACAUGCUCGACGGCCUCAUUUCCCACAUGUCCGGAGACCCGACGUCGGUGCGCCAUACCACGAACCAGGUGCACGUGCCGAGCAACGAAGCCGCCUUCGAAGCGUCGACGGCCAACGAAUGGAUCUCGCAGAUGCGGUCUGCCGCGACCAGCCAAAGCACUUCCUUCCGAACCAUCCUGCGGCGUCUGUUCAACCCAGGCGCCGAGGCAGCGUGGCUCGACACCACCCUUUCGGCCUUCUCGUACAAGGUCAUCCUCGAGGGCCUGCAGUCGCUCCUGUCCGACGCCGAAUCGGACGGCGGCGCGGCCGUGGGAGUCCCGACUCGAAGCGACGUCCGACGGGCGCUGAACCAGAUCUACGAGAGCAUCCGGCUGAACGCGUCCCUGUCGUCCGCCGACCGCCUCGAGACGCUCCUCCGCUGGCACGCCAUCUGCCUGGACACGAGCGUCGACUCGUCCCUGCUGUGCCGCAACCUCUGCGCCAAGUACGACAUCAGGCAGCACAUCUGGCGGGACGCGCACGGCCUGCAGGCCAACAUGGACCUGGCCACCUGGCCAACCACGCACGCCGCACGCCGGGCCUUGCUCCACGCCAUGGCCAUCCAGGAGAUCAUCGAGCAGCUGCCGCGCGGCCGGGCCCACGCCAUCCACAUGCCGAGCUCGCUCUUCGCGGCCGCGACCGUCUACUCGGUCUUUGCGCUCGGGAGCGAGUCGGCGGUCAAGAUCCCCAGCACCGUCACGUGGCAGGAUGCUUUCCUCGACGAUCGCCCACCGACCGAAGUCUAUUCCCCGGUCUACAGACUGCCCGCCAUGCAAGUGGCCGAGUCCGACACGGCACGGUAUAUCCGCGGGGACCGGCUACAGGGAACGGACGUCACGUCGCGGAACCUGCUGUACGAGUUGAGUUCGAUGCAGAAGCUGUUUGGAUGUCUGACGGCGCAGUGGGGGCUGGCAUUCGACAUGGAGGCCGUGGUCGAGAAGUGGAUUGAGCUGUGUCGUUAA